UCCAAUCCGCCGCCAUCCGCGGCCUCGGGGUCGAGUGGCGGGGCAGCGCUGGGUGCUUUCCGUUCCUCGGUGUCUGGCGGCUUCGUAACAGAUCCCAUUCUGCGAGCAGGGUCCGCAAGCAGCCUGGGCCAAGACGGCGGUGAGGGCAGCCUGAAGUUUCCGGACCACAGCCUCAGCUUGCGGGUUUCUGAGCGGCCCCUUCUCCUUCGUUUCUGCAGAAAUGGGCAAGUUCAUGAAACCCGGGAAGGUGGUGCUGGUUCUGGCUGGACGCUACUCCGGACGCAAAGCGGUCAUCGUAAAGAACAUUGAUGAUGGCACCUCAGACCGCCCCUACAGCCAUGCCCUGGUGGCUGGGAUUGACCGCUAUCCCCGCAAAGUGACAGCUGCCAUGGGCAAGAAGAAAAUUGCCAAGAGGUCAAAGAUCAAGUCUUUUGUGAAAGUUUAUAACUACAAUCACCUCAUGCCCACAAGGUACUCUGUGGAUAUUCCCUUGGACAAAACUGUCGUCAACAAGGAUGUCUUCAGAGACCCUGCUCUUAAACGCAAGGCCCGACGAGAGGCCAAGGUCAAGUUCGAGGAGAGAUACAAGACCGGCAAGAACAAAUGGUUCUUCCAGAAGCUGCGGUUCUAGAUCUGUUUUGUUUCAGUCAUUAAAAAUACAAAAAAUCCC